AUGUCUACGGUAACAUGUGACUCUCCAAUGCUAUGGCUUCAUGUUGUUCAACCAAAUUUGACAGCAGGUCAUUAUGGAUAUAUUGCUGACGAAUAUGAACGUCAUGUUAUAUUACGCGGUGUUGACGUUGAAACCGAACAAAGAAAUAUUCCUGCUGAUCAAGACAGACCAAUUGAUCCUUCAUUAUAUAAUGGUCAAUGUCCAUCUAAUAUACAUGUUUAUCAAGAACCUCCUACAUGUGAAAUAGAUUAUGGCAAAGGAAUGUAUAAUAUCAAUGAUGAAUGGAAUAGUCAUAAUGACUUUGCUCAAAUAAGAAGAUGGGGCUUUAAUGUUAUUCGAUUAUGUUUAAGUUGGAAUGCAUUAGAACCAACACCGGGAAAUUAUAGUGAAAUGUAUUUACAACGUGUUGAACAGAUUGUUGAAUGGGCAUCAGAACAACAAGUCUAUGUUAUACUUGAUAUGCAUGAAGAUUUAUAUUCUCGUUAUAUAUUUGGUGAUAAAGAACAUGAAAUUCCACCUUAUUUAACAGCAUCCGAUGGACAAGAUGGUGCUCCUCAAUGGGCAGUUAUGACUGAUGGUUGGCCUGCAUUAGCAUUCUUUGGUAUUGGAAAUUUAAAUUUAGCAAUGAUGAAAGCAUUUGAUAAUUUUUAUAAUAAUUCUAUACCAUCGAAUGCUACACAAGGAGAUGCACCUGGACCAGGUUUACAAGAUCAUUAUAUUGGAGCUAUUGCAUUUUUAGCAAAAAAAUUUGUUAAUAAUAGUGCAGUUUUAGGAUAUGAGAUCAUGAAUGAACCACAACCUGGCACAUAUAUUGAUCAGUAUACUUUUUCAAGUGAUUAUUUAUAUCCGUUUUAUAAACGUGUUAUACAAGCUAUAACUGGUGUUCGUGAUAAUUUACCCGAUUGUCCAAAACAUGCUCCAACAGGAACAAAUUGUGCUUAUCCAAAUUUAGGAAUCAAUGAUAAAAGACAUUUAUUUUUUGUUGAACCAACUUCAGUUCGAAAUUUAUUGGACUUUACUCCGCAACAUUCAAUACCAUUUUCAUCCUAUACAAAUAUUGUCUAUGCUCCUCAUGUUUAUACACAUGUAUUCACAAUCGAUAGUAUAUUACAUUUAAAUCGAUCAUUUUAUCCACCAUCAUUUGAUUAUGCAUAUGAAACAGCAUUAAAUGAAUCUGUUGGUUUACAAAGUGCAAUUCUAGUUACAGAAUUUGGUUGUGGUGCAGAUGCCGAUGAAACAUUAUUAAUUCCAACAAUAGAUUCACAAGAUAAAGCAAUGAUAUCAGCGACAAUAUGGCCAUGGAAAAACAAUUGUUUUCAAGAAGGUUGUGAAACAAGUUGGAGUUUAUACGACUCAGGUACACUUAAUGAUACAGUUGCAAAUCAAAAUGGUCCUGAACGUCCAAAUCGUGUUCGAUUAUUAUCUCGUGUACAUCCACGUGGUGUUAUUGGACAAUUAAUACAAUAUUUUUACAAUACAACAACAUCAUCCUUUAUAAUGACUGCCAAGUGUAAUAAUAAAACAUUAUUAUUAUCGAAUAAUGAAACAAUAAUUUAUAUACCGAGACGAUUAAAUAGUUCAGUAAUUAAUGUUACUGGUGAAGCUACAAUAAAGAAAAUAAUUAAAAAUCCAGAUCAAAGUCGUUUAGUUCUUGUAAAUCCAACAUGUAAUGGACAAUAUCAUAUAUUUGUUGCAAAUAAUACUAAUCAAAUUGGCGAAUUAUAUCAAAAAACAGUCAUCAAUGGUAAGUCUAAUAUUGAACCAAAAAAUGGUCAUGAAACAAUACAAUCGAUGAAAAAAGCCUACGAAUUAUUUCAACAUUUACAUGCUGCUGCUGUCAAAACUGGUGAAACAUUUGUUGCAACAUCUUCCAAUUUUGUAAACAAGUUUACAGCACUACAAAAUGCUGUUGAAAUCAAUAUAAAACAUAUAAUGCCACUGUUGAACAAAUUUCGUAAGCAAGCUUAA